UGGUGAUUUAAAAAAAGAAGUAAAUAAGAAUGUGUUUGAAAAUGCUGAGACUGUUGUUUUUGGUGGCGAUGGCGGUUGUCACAGCGAAGGUCCAAAAUGAUCCGGCUGCCAACCAAAUCGUUAUAUUCAAAGAGAAAAGCAAGGGACCCGUAGCAACAAUGACUACCGCCGCUGGAGCACCCAUCGAACAGAAAGAAGCUACAGUAACAUUGAACGAGAGGUUGAUAUUCAAUGAAUAUUUUAUGGACACCAUGACCCACUUGGUUAGGGAAAGAACCCCAGAACGAUUGGUCCACGCGAAGGCUGGCGGUGCAUUUGGUUAUUUUGAAGUGACACACGAUAUAACCGACAUUUGUAAAGCUAAAUUAUUUAGUAAAGUAGGCAAGAAGACGCCUAUCGCUGCUAGAUUCUCCCCAGUCGUUGUCGAGCGAGGAGGCAUUGACACUUCAAGAGAUGCCCGAGGAUUUGCCCUCAAAUUCUACACUGAAGACGGUAACUUCGACAUAGUCGGCUUCAACACUCCCAUGUAUGUCUACAAAGAUCCUCUUCUAUUUCCCACUUUCGUACGAGCACAGAAAAGGAACCCAGCGACGAAUUUGCUAGAUCCAAACAUGCUUUGGGAUUUCCUAACGCUACGUCCGGAAAGUUUGCACAUGUUUUUACUAGUAUUUGGUGAUCGAGGAAUCCCAGAUGGCUAUAGACACAUGCCUGGUUUCGGCAUCCACACCUUCCAAGUUGUAAAUAAACACGGUGACAGUCACUUUAUUAGGUUCCACUUCAGACCCGAUGCAGGCAUUAAAAACCUACGUUCAGAAGAAGCAAGGAAGUUAGCGGGCACUGAUCCAGAUUAUGCAACUAGAGAUUUGUACAGAGCUAUCGGAGAAGGAAAAUUCCCAAGUUGGACUGCCAGCAUACAGGUUCUAAGUGAGGAAGACGUUAAAGAAGCAGACUUCGAUGUCUUUGAUGUCACAAGAGUUUUACCGUUAGACAAGUAUCCUCUAAGACCAUUAGGGCGGUUCGUUUUGAAUAAAAAUCCUGUAAAUUAUUUUGCUGAAAUUGAGCAGUUAGCGUACAGUCCCGCGAACUUGGUGCCAGGUAUUCUCGGAGGUCCUGACAAAGUGUUUGAAGCUCGUCGUUUGGCCUACAGAGAUGCUCAGUAUUAUCGCUUAGGAUCAAACUUUUUCAACAUACCUGUAAAUUGUCCUUUACAAAACAAAGCUUUCCCGUACAACCGUGAUGGUGUACCACCUGUUAAGGACAAUCAAAAAGAUAUACCAAAUUAUUAUCCUAAUUCAUUCCAUGGACCUGUUCCUUACAAAGAACAUGAUAAGGUUGAGUUGAUAGAGAUCCAUCAGAUCAGCCGGAUAAUUUCGAACAAGCGCGGGAGUUGUAUAUCAAUGAAAUGGAGCCAGAAGAAAGGCAGAGGUUAGUUGAGAACAUUUUGUAUAGUUUGGGUCCCGCUACUAAAUUUUUGCAAGACCGAGCUGUGAAAAUGUUCGGUCGAAUACAUUCAGAUCUUAGUGACAAGAUAUACCAAGGUCUACAGGCAAAUAGGACCAAAACUCCUUAUGAAAUUGAUUUAGGCUUUUUCGGG